AUGGAGGAGGAAGAGAAGGAGGAUGACAGUGAUGAUGAUGACGUUGACGAAGACUACGACAACGAAAGCGAUGAUGAAUAUGAUGAUGAUGAUGAUCUGACGCUGAUGGAGUUAGAGGCCGCCUUGGAUCAGAUGAAGGAAGAAUUAGAACAGACGACAACUUCAAAAGAAAUCAAGAAAAAGAAGAAAAGACUUCUGAGGACCAUCAUCAAUACAAUGAUACCAGAACAGACGGUAGAUGAGAAGGAUGAUAAGCUGAAGACCCAGGCUGAUCAGAUCCGUCGUCUGGAGGCCAUUCAAGAAUCUAAAUACAGGCAAGACCACGAAGUACUUGCCCUUCAUCGAGAGAGCAACGCCAUUAGACAAACCAAUGAUGAACUGCAGAACAAGCAAAGCGAACUUGAGGAGGUCAUCGAGGACCUCAACCACAGUCUCGAUGAGGAGAAACAAACCGUCCAAGAACUUCGUCAACUAAUCCAAAUCUAUGAGGGCAGAGGCCAUGGUGCAGUCCUCCGACAUGAGAGAAUACAUCACAUACGGGGUGAAGAGCAAAUGAAAACCGCCAAUGAUCACAAGCCAGCUACAAAGCUCUGAGAAGAGUAUCCACAUUGCAUGUUACUUGAUUGAAUUGCUUUUGAAAGUCGGACUUUUCGUCGUCAAGCUUGAAAUAAAAUAAAAAAUAGAAAAUUUUCACAGAGUGUAAAAAACAAACAUUCAUAUCGGUAUUCAGCGUUUGGAUCUCGAAUGAAUUUGAUAAGAUCGAUCUCUACAUUCGUCGAGGAAUUCAGCUCCAUGUCUGUCAUACUUCAUAUUUUUGGUCAGCAGAAUGAUAAUGCGAUAUGACGUUUUAUAAGCCAGCAAAAUCUUAAAUGAUACUACAUUGACGAUUAAAAUAAUUACCUAGACAAACCAAAAUGAUGAAUGAAUGAAUAUCAUUGCCUGUCUUUCAGCCAAAACAAACAAAAAAGGAAACCAGAUGUUGAUCGAAAGAAGAUGUGAGUCCGGGGAU